CUAGAUUUAAGUAAAAACUACUGGCAAAAACUUUGCCCAAUGCCAAGUAGGUGUUGUCAACUUGUCAGUCAGGUUGUUUACUUCCGGUUUCGAUUCUCUCUCAUUCCUCCCGUCCCAUGUGUGUGUGGUGAAGCUGUGGCAUCGUAGCUUGUAUUGCACCACUAAUAACAACUACCGGCGAUUUGGAAGUUUCAAAGAGUUGGAAUCAUCCAUCACAUCUUAAAGAGUUUUAAAAUCUGCUGUUUCUCGUUGCGUUCGUGAACCUGUCUCCAGAAUGGGUCGUUACCGCAGAAAAAAGAUGCACAAGGGAGACAAACCGUUGAAGGAGAAGUACAGAACCAAGCGCAGGACAAGAGAUUUGGAUCAGAUUCAUGACGACAUGAAGAGUCCAGACAAAAUGGUCAAUCAGCCAGUAGAUCUGGACAAGCCUGGAGCAGGGCAGUUUUACUGUUUGCAUUGCGCGAAGCAUUUUAUUGAUGAGAAAGCCCUGAAAGAUCACUUCAAAAGUAAACCACAUAAACGCAGACUCAAGGCCUUGGAGACAGAACCUUACACACAAGAAGAAGCGGAUCGGGCUGCUGGGAUGGGCUCAUACAUAGCGCCCCGUAAACUCGAGGUCCAGAAACAAGAGACAAAUGAUGACUCCGAUGAAGAAGGAGAUUUGUCCAUGAAGCCUGCAUAGCCUUUAAUUAAUGACUUGUUACUUUGGUUGAUUUUAUUUGUUUAUUUUUAUCCUUGAGCCACAUACACCCGGAAAAUUUGCUGCACUCCGGCAUUUGGCGGGGUUUUCUUUCAUGUCUCAUUGUGCUGUUUCCUAAGUUUCCAGAGGUAAUACUUGCAGUCGUACAGAGGAGACAAGUUGAUACUGCAGUGGAAAGACUCAUUGAAUUCGGAGGUCUUUAGAAUAACAGUUUUUUUAAAGAAUUGUUAUUAUAUUGUCCAGAGGUCAUGUGUGAAGAGGUUGCAUUUGUUUUUCUGGCAGUCUAGAGUCAAAGUCUUAUAUUUAAAUUGGUAGUAAUUUGUGUUUCCAUUGCUCUGUCUGGUAGUGGUAGUGCUAUAGGGCUAGUUGGGUUGCCCAGCAUGUCACCACCGUUGGGUCGGGAUGGUUUAAGGAGAGGCUUAAGGGCCACUGUGGCCUGAUGCUUCACUGUGCAGGAAAGCAAGUCUGUUUUUUUUCUUUCUUUCUUUUGAAGUGUAAUUGAAAGUGGUGUCGUACUUAUUGUGUUGGUAGACCACCCUUUCAACACUGUAAGGUUUUUUAUUAAGGGGGGGGGGGGGCAGCAGCUGAAGAUUAUCUUGCUUAUUAGUGGAUCAAAUGUUAUCGAAUUUCACACAUAUAACAAGCAUAGUAAGGGGUAGUAAAAUCUGCAUUCAAAUUUGAGGAAAACAAUUUUGUUUCCAUGGAUAUGGUGGCCAUAUUGGAUUUUUGCGACUUUUCUAAUUAUUCUUAAUUCUGUGAAAAUUUCAUGAAGAUUGAAGAAAAAAUGGUGGAGUUAUUAAAAAAAUUAUAUCGAUCAAAACCACGUUUGGAGAAAACGAGCGAUAAAGAAAAAUAAAAUAUGGACUUUAUGAGGAAAUGAUGGUGACGAACACGCCUGGUAUGGAAAAAAAAUAAGGCUAUAGGGGGUUCAUUGUGAUGAAAUAGUUGUAAGAGAGUCUGAAGAAGCUAAAAAUGCCUACAACUUAAAAUCCAUAGUUGUGAGCCAAAUCGUUACUUUUGAAGUGCCCCUUUUUUUUCAGGGUUUCUGAAUUCAAUAUCCUCCUCUGCUAAGUAGGUGCAGGGACUCUUCACACAACUUAAGUUUAUGAACACCCCAUUGGGGAUUUAAGUUAGGGUCAUCCACACCAUCACUCUGUGUGGUAUCAAUGAGGCUAAUGGCAUGCGCUGUGAAGGAUGGUUGGUAUUUGUGUUGGUAAUGUGUCUGUGAAGGAUGGUUGGUACUUGUGUGUGGGUGUGUGAACUUGGUUUAGUGUAAUUUUCACUUUCUGUAGUGUUUAACUUGUAGCCUACUAUGUUGGUUUUGAAGUCAGUUUAGUGUAUUAACUGUUUUUGUCUGAGCUUUGAGUUCACUAGGUUGACUUCUGGUCUGGUUUCUUAGAAAACUUGCAACAUAUGUUAAUUGUACAAGUUAUUUUCGUUUGAAUACUCUAUUACGGUCAAACCUCGUUGCACCCAUAUCUUUGGGAUGAGCAUGAAGUUGCUGGAACAGCGGAGCUGGCAGUUCAACAGGGUUCUCUGUUGUAUAGCCCCAACUGCCGGCAAGGAACAUAAUUCUGUUGUGUGAUUUGUGUUUCAAAAGUGUCUUUUCGUUGGUGAUAUACAUGUGUUCAGUGCUGAGUCUUCUCUCUCUCUCUCUAUCUGUCUUUCUCGUGGGAGACAGAUAGUCACAUCGCCAACUAGUGGGUGUCGAGCGCCUUGUGCAGUGUGUACCUUUGGCGGUCAGUUUGUUGGCGGUAUGGUGGGGCAAAUUUACAUUGGUUAAAAUAAGGACUGUACAUCUCAGUUUGUGGAUGGUGGUGUGAAGGUGUAAAAAUACUGUAAAGGCUCUCCUUUUCAUACAUAGGCAAAAUCUGGUGGUAUAACAGUGUCCUUUUCUUACCUAGGCAAAAUCUGGUGGUAUUACAGUGGAAGAGAGGCAGUAAAGCGAGGUUUGACUGUGCUUUUAAUGUAGCAAAGUCAUGAGAAAAAAUUUAAAUAAUACCAGUUUAGUGAUAGCCAAUCCUGAGCAUAAGUUUUUCUUGCCAUGUUAUCACUUGUAGAUUAGCUUGAAAAAUUAUGUACCUUCAAAUUGGAAUUUGUCCCUGAUAGAAGCGAUAGGAUGAGGAGAAAACGAAAAUUUUAUAACUCCUUAGAAAGAACCCAGCCUUUGAGAUUUAGCUUAGCUGGGAUGACAUGGCCACAGCACAGUGUCAAAGAAUGAGAAUUGGAAAAAUGGCUCAUCUGCCGUUCACAGUGUCUGUUAUACGCUUUGCGUGAUAUGAGAUAUGGACAGUGGAGUUCAAGUUCAACUUGAGUACUUCAAUGUAGAACUGGGGUCCUUGGAAGACGGGGUGCUCCAUGCUUUUUCGCCAAAGUUCAACUGCUCUUUGGAAGUCGUUUCUGUUUGUAUUGGGAUGUGUUAUUAGUCAGUCUUCUGUUGUUGUGGUGGACCCACUGGGAUAUCCACUUUCUUUUCUGGUCAUCAAAUUUUUAUAGAAACUGGGUUCAAUGGAGGUUAUGGCUAUGACACUCAGCCCUUCGUCUUUAGCCUUGACUUCGAGAAAGUACUCGGUCGUUUCUUGUUUCAGUGUUGCAUGUUUUCUGUCUGAGCAGUGAAAAUACAGAGGAGACUCUUCUUUUCAUCUCUCUGUUUUGUAAUGUUAAAUGCUACCUUGUCAUGUUAUUGUGAGUAGCAUGUAAAAUAAAUACCGGUAAACAAAAAGGCAAACAC